GGCGGGGCUGAAACGCUCCGGGCCCUCAGUGUCGCGCUAUAGCGCCGAGGUUUCCGGCUUGGGCGGGAACGACAGUCCCAGAGUCCUUCGCGGCAUGCGGGGAAGCCGGCGGCCACCCGCGGGGCCGGCCAUCUCUGCAGCCGCGGGCCCUUUCGUUAAGAGCAGGCUCUGGGCUUCAGCGCCUCUUCGUAUUUAGUGUUGCACCCGGGGCCCCUUUAAGUCGGAGGAGGGUUGACCCCUGGGAAGCCUUGGAGGCGUGGCCUCCCCCGGGCUGCGAAGAAAUCGGCCCGAUGCCGGCAUCCUCCCAGCACCCGCUGGCCGGCCGCACCUCACUCAGAACUGCCCCGGGUGCCGGUCCCGUCCCUGACGUGGUGCCGGGGGCCCUGUGCUCGGAGGGCAGUUAGACACACCCCGACCAGGACAGGGCAACGUGCACAAAAGCAGGUGUUUCAGGACAAAAGUACCGGCAUUUCAGAGAGAGAAUGGUUUUCACUGGGGGCCAGGAAGAAAUUGGGAAAGGGGUAGGAUUUGAACACAGAAAUGAGGAGGCCAGAUUGAGCGAGUGGCAGGAGCAAAGUCACAGGGAAGAGAGUGAGGAAGGGAGUCAGGUAGGAACGGAAGGUGGAGAUCAUGGCCGGGUCCUCAGCCCAGGCCACCUGGUUCCCCAGGAAAGGAACGACCUGGAGGGCGAGGGCUGGUGCGAGAAGAGGGGUGCCGUCAGAAUUGGAACCUUCCAGGUGUGCUGCUCAGACGUAGGCAAAGGGCUCACUUCGCACAUCGUGAAGCUGGGACGGUGCCGGAGCGUGAAGGAGUUUGAGAAGCUGAACCGCAUCGGCGAAGGGACCUACGGCAUCGUGUAUCGGGCCCGGGACACACAGACGGAUGAGAUCGUCGCCCUGAAGAAAGUGAGGAUGGACAAGGAGAAGGAUGGGGUCCCCAUCAGUAGCCUUCGAGAGAUCACGCUGCUCCUCCGCCUUCGCCACCCGAACAUUGUGGAGCUGAAGGAGGUGGUGGUGGGAAACCACCUGGAGAGCAUCUUCCUGGUGAUGGGCUACUGUGAGCAGGACCUGGCCAGCCUUCUGGAGAAUAUGCCGACACCCUUCUCCGAGGCCCAGGUCAAGUGCAUUGUGCUGCAGGUGCUCCGGGGCCUCCACUACCUACACCGGAACUUCAUCAUCCACAGGGACCUGAAGGUUUCCAACUUGCUCAUGACCGAUAAGGGCUGCGUGAAGACAGCGGAUUUUGGCCUGGCCCGGGCCUAUGGCAUCCCCGUGAAGCCAAUGACGCCCAAGGUGGUCACUCUGUGGUACCGAGCCCCUGAGCUGCUGCUGGGAUCCUGCACGCAGACCACCAGCAUUGACAUGUGGGCCCUGGGCUGUGUCCUGGCCGAGCUGCUGGCCCACAAGCCCCUCCUCCCCGGCACGUCUGAGAUCCACCAGGUGGACCUGAUUGUGCAGCUGCUGGGGACGCCCAGUGAGAACAUCUGGCCGGGCUUCUCCGAGCUGCCGCUGGCCAGCCAGUACAGCCUGAGGAAGCAGCCCUACAACAACCUGAAGCACAAGUUCCCCUGGCUCUCGGAGGCUGGCCUGCGCCUGCUGAACCUGCUCUUCAUGUACGACCCCAAGAAAAGGGCGACGGCCGGGGACUGCCUGGAGAGCUCCUACUUCAAGGAGAAGCCCCUACCCUGUGAGCCGGAGCUCAUGCCCACCUUCCCUCACCACCGCAACAAGCGGGCCACCCCAGCCACCUCUGAGAGCCAGAGCAAGCGCUGCAGGCCCUGACUGCUGGAGGCCCCUGCCGGCCAGGCCAACAGGUUCUCAAGACCCAGCUCAACCCUCUGCUGGACUCACCAGCUGCUUCAGCUGGCCAUGUGGGUUCCUGCUGUCUCCACCCACCACUGCCCCAGCACCAGGGGUGAAGCCAUGGUGCACCCUGGGCUGGCUGGCCCCACCUGGCCUGCGCUGGCGCCAUCUGGUGGCCUCCCCGGGUCUAGCCCAGUGCUGUGCCGUUGGCUUGUAGAAGCUCCGAAGCACCUACUGGGCUCAUCGCAGAGGGUGUUGCUGGCUUCGGACGUGCAGCCUCUCAGGGAUGCUGUGCCCUCUCUCGGUCACCAUGGUCUCCCCAGAGCAGGGAGAAGCUGCGGUGACCCCCAGGCCGGACUGGUGGGACCCAGUGACCAAGGUCUGGGCAAGGCCUUGGGCUGGGGGCUGAGCCCAGAGAGGGAGCCACACAGUUGGAGUGGCAGGAACUCAGAGAUAAAAGCUCUCCUGACAGA